AAAUCCCCAAGAUGCACCGCGAGCCGUUCGAUUCGUUCACGUGACAGCAAUUGACAUACGAAAGAAUAAAUAUGGCGUCGGUGGCAAAAGACGCUGGUGAAAUUUGGAGCCGACUGUUUGACCAUCGACCGUUCGUCCAGGGCGAGAUCAACUUUUUCGUUCGGGAGUUUGAGGAAAAACGAGGGGACAGAGAAGUGGAGCGGCUGUUCAAAAUCCUAGAGUACUCGACUGAGCUUGGACAGAGUCAAUUUGACCGUACGGAACAGCUCGGCGAUUGCCACUUGCCUAGCCUCAAAGCCAAUUUGGAUGUUGCGCUUAGCAUGUGCCAACGAGUCCUUGAAAAAGAGGACAAAACAGACCACGAAAAUAAACUUCAAGUGAACCGAGAGGCCAGAAAAGCCCAGUGGCUAAAGUUCAUCAAUGACAUGAGCGACAAGUGCGAGAAAGUGGACAAAACUUUUGAGGAAAAAGAAGAAGAGCUGAGAGAAUUUUACACCGACUUGGAAGAAAAGUUGCACAUUUCUCCUUAGUGUUUUUUUAAUCAAUCCUUCGUUCGUUUCUAUUCCCUUGUAUUCCUGCCUUCUGUAACACUCAGAUAUUGAACUGUGAUAAAGAAAAGAUAAACUUCA